AUGAACCCUUCAAUUCCACCAUCGACUGCCGAAUACGGUGGAGAUGAGAUAUCGGCCAUUGUUCUUGACCCAGGAUUUUCAACAACGCGCGCAGGGUUUGCCGGUGAAGAUACGCCGAAAUCAGUGAUCCCGACAUACUAUGGAAAGUACACCUACGAGGCGCAAGAGAAACUUAUCUUUGGCGAUGACAUCUUUGUCACCCCCCGCCCCGGACUGUCAAUUCAUAACCCGAUGGGGAGGGACGGCGUUGUGGAGGACUGGGACAUGGCGGAGAAAGUGUGGGAGUACUCUUUUACGUCGCGCUUGACAGGACCAAAGGCUGGAAAUCCUUUUCAGAACGGCCUGAACGAUGUCCCCAAUGGCGAACUGCCUUCGGAAAUGGAAGGUGUGGAAACCGAGGAGAAGCCUCUUGCGGAUAGCCCCCUCCUCAUGACUGAGUGCGGUUGGAAUCCUACGAAAGCGCGCGAGAAGACCGUUGAAAUCGCCAUGGAAAAGUGGGGGACGCCAGCAUUUUACCUGGCCAGAAAUGGUGUGCUUGCAGCCUUCGCUGCUGGUAAGGCUUCUGCUUUGGUCGUUGACGUUGGCGCCUCGAACAUUUCCGUAACUCCGGUCCACGAUGGGAUGAUACUGAAGCGCGGUGUUCAACACUCUCCCCUGGGGGGCGACUACAUUUCAUCGCAACUCCGCGCCCUGUUCAAGACCAACUCACCACAACCGAUCACUAUCACGCCCCAUUACCUCGUCGCCUCUAAGACAGCCGUCGAUGCUGGACAGCCUGCGCAAGCGAAGUACAAGACAUUCCCAUCUGACAAGGCACCGGAUGCGUCCUACCGCACUCUCAUGGAAGAACGAACAUUGUCUGAGUUCAAGGAGUGUGUUGUGCAGGUGUGGCCCGGACCCAACAAACUCUCCGCUACCGGUCCGAACGGCGUCUCCAACGAGGAGGUUGCGAAGAGUAGCCCCGGAAGACCUUUUGAGUUCCCUGAUGGCUAUAAUCAAGUGUUCGGGAUCGACCGGUACAGGGUGGUUGAGUCAUUGUUUGACGCCAAAGCGGCCAUUCCAGACCCUGAGUCGGUGUUUCCAGCUCCAACGCAGGCGCAGACGGUGUCGGAACUUAUCAAAGCUGCGCUGAAUGGCGUUGAUGUCGAUGUCCGCCCCCACCUCCUGGCAAAUGUCGUCGUCACAGGCGCAUCGAGCUUGCUCUAUGGCUUCACCGAUCGCUUGAACCAGGAGCUUAUGCAGAGUUAUCCUGGACCCAGAGUGAGAAUCUCUGCGUCCGGAAACACGGCGGAGCGGAAGUUUGGUUCGUGGGUUGGAGGCAGCAUCCUUGCCAGUCUGGGGACCUUCCAUCAAAUGUGGAUUUCAAAGAAGGAAUACGAUGAGCAUGGCCCCAAUAUUGUUGAGAAACGCUGCAAGUAA